AUGCUGCUGAGCCCGGUGACCUCCACUCCCUUCUCCGUAGAUGACAUCCUCAGGCUGGAGGGUGAGCAGAACCAGAACGAUGCCAAGACUCCGUCACAAUGGGAGUUGCAUAGGAACUCAGAAAAGCCUCAGUACCUAACAAUGGACCUGGAAUCCGGAGAGUCAGAGAGCGGCGACAGGGCACAAGCUGGAUCAGAUCGUCUGCAGUUCCCCUGGGAGGCAGUCGUGGAGAUGGAGCCAGAGAAAAUGGGAGAGGAGGAACAAACUCCUCGGCUCGCGACCUCCCCGCUUGGAGCUGGGAACCCAAGGAUGGAGCGCGGCGUGGGCCGCGGCGGCGACAGCGUACACCGAGGCGGCCCGGAGCCCGCCAGGCCGCGGCCGCGGCGGAAGCCCCGCGUGCUCUUCUCGCAGGCCCAGGUGCUGGCCCUGGAGCGCCGCUUCAAGCAGCAGCGGUACCUGUCUGCCCCUGAACGUGAGCACCUGGCCAGCGCGCUGCAGCUCACGUCCACGCAGGUCAAGAUCUGGUUCCAAAACCGGCGCUACAAGUGCAAGAGGCAACGCCAGGACCAGACCCUGGAACUGGCGGGCCACCCACUGACACCGCGCCGGGUGGCAAUCCCCGUGCUGGUGCUGGACGGCAAGCCCUGCCUGGGUCCCGACGUCCCCGUGUUCCCGGGUCCCUACGCAGCCACCGCGCCCCAUUCUUGCUUCGGCGGCUACUCGGGCACUUCCUAUAGUGCUAGCUACGCGGGCCGCUACACGGGCGCUGCUGGCUCCGGGCCACUCACACCACUGGCCAACUCUGGCUUCAGCCCAGGUAGCCCGAGUGUUGCCGCGCAGGGCCAUCUGCCCGCCACACUACAGGGAGUCACGGCCUGGUGA